AUGGACCUCGAUCCUCGUCAAUACGAAAACGUUGCUAUAAAUGAUAAUGACAUCCACAGUAUUGUUCUUUCAUAUCUUAUACACAAUUGCUACAAAGAAUCGGUAGAAUCAUUCAUUACUAGCACAGGGGCAAAGCAGCCGGCAGAUUAUUUGGAGGACAUGGACAAAAGGAAAAGAAUCUUUCACUUUGCACUAGAGGGAAAUGCACUGAAGGCUAUUGAGCUUACUGAACAGCUGGCAAAGGAUAUUCUAGAGAACAAUAAGGAUUUGCAGUUUGAUUUACUAAGCCUUCAUUUUGUUGAGCUCGUAUGCUCUAGGAAAUGCACAGAAGCUUUGGAGUUUGCUCAGACCAAGUUGGGCCCUUUCGGAAAGGAGCCCAAAUAUAUGGAAAAACUUGAAGACUUUAUGGCCCUUCUUGCAUAUAAGGAGCCAGAGAAAUCCCCAAUGUUUCAUCUCCUUAGCUUAGAGUAUCGGCAACAGGUUGCCGAUAGUUUGAACCGAGCUAUUCUUGCACACUUGAAUCUUCCCAGAUACACAGCAAUGGAGAGGCUAAUACAGCAGGCUACAGUUGUAAGACAAUGUUUAAGUCAAGAAGCUGGCAAGGAUGGGCCUCCACCAUUUUCCUUAAAGGAUUUUCUCAAAAGUUGA